CAACCACAACAACUUUUCUCCCUCGACCACACACACUGCCUCCGGUACAGCCAAACACAGCCCGAGCGCGGCAGACUGGCUACAUGGAGUGUCAAAGCAGGUUUGCAGACAAGGUCGUAUUUAUCUUCAUCCCCUCCUGUCUCUUUCUCUCUGUAUCGAGCUCGACUACGCUAGAAACAUGCAUCACAUUCACUGCGUCUGCUUCCAGCUCCCGUAGCUUGGGCGUCACGCACCUCCGGCAUGGUGGCUCGUAAAACCUUUCACCCCUCAUCCCUGGCUCACGGUCGAGGUCAAGCGGCUGCGAUUAUUCACUCGUUGCUUUUGGUCUUGCUUCUUCCAUUAUUAUCAUUCAAUACUUAAUUGCGCUUCAUGUUUGCAUGAAAACCUCUUCUUCCUUUGCUACCAUGCGCACGACAUCAACAAUGGCAUUGCCAUCAUCGAUGAUAGCAGCCGUAUUGCUCUUCGCUCUACCGAUUCCAACGAUCGCACAAACCGACAACGGCAAUGAAUGCUCCUGCUUUCGAACCAACGGCUCAUCGCAGGGCUAUUUUACAUACCAUCGAUUUCACGAUUACAGGGACGUGGCGACUGCAUCUACUACACCUCCAACAGUCAUCUCCAACUCGACAAAUGCGACGAACGCAUUUGCAACAUCAGACUUCUUCCUGCAGGAUGCGUGGCAGAAUGACUGGGCGAUCCAGAAUUGGAAUAAUAGUGAUAGCAUGGCGGCAUCAGGAGCAGCAGUCACCAUGAUUAAUUCACCAAAUAAUGUAUACAUUGAGAAAAGCACAGACAAUGACCCCACCUACUCCUCUUACCUCGUCCUCCGUACAUCGCGACUGCCCGAUUUCCAAUCUGCCGCCGAGAUCGAUUCCACCGAGCAAAACUUCCACUACGUAUCUGCGCGCUUCAUGGCACGAGUCAUAGGUGCUCCUGGCGCAUGCGCAGGCCUUUUCACAUACCUGGCCUCAGACAAUCCGCAGUCAGUACAGGAAGCAGACAUCGAGAUUCUGACAGCAGGUCCACGAGACAUGGUCCAGUACACGAACCAGCCAUCUACAGACAGCAAUGGGGAUGCUAUUCCUCAAGCGACGGUCAACGGGACGAAUCCUGGAGCGAGGGAUUGGACGUUAUGGAACACAUACCGCGUGGACUGGAUGCCCAAGAUGACGAGCUGGUAUGUGAAUGGAGAAGGUGCUGCGAAUAUUAGUUUCCAGACUCCAAAAGACCCCGCGGGGUUGAUAUUGAAUAUGUGGAGUGAUGGCGGCGUUUGGACUGGGAAUAUGAGUCUUUAUGACGAGGCAUACUUGCAGAUCCAGUGGAUGGAGUUUGUGUAUAAUACCAGCGGGGCAGCGAGCGCCAAGAGAGACGAACAUGGACCGUCAGGUUUGUUGGAGAAGCGCAAAGGAGGCACGCCUGGAUGCAAAGUCGUCUGUGGUGUCGACGAGGAUGUCAAUAUUACAGGCACGCCAGCUUUCUUGUACAACAGCACUGCGCCAAUGGGAUGGAGGGGAGAUGGGAUGGGCAUCAUGGCUUGGAUACCAGUGGUGCUUGCUGGAGCUGCUUUAUUUGGCUACUUCUAAGAAGACGUAACAUACAUUGGAUGAGAACGGAGAUCUAGUCGCCGGAGAAAGUAAGGGGUUUAGAUUUGAUGUUGGAUACGGCGCUGAAGGGUUGGAAAAGUCGAGCAUGAUAUAUGAAGAACACGGCAAAUGUCUUAUACAUAUUCUCUGUACUGUACUGUACCCCAAUUUAUUUACAUUUCGAUCUCCA